AUGGACCCAAAACAGAGAAAAAAGUCUUAGGAAGAGAUUGUUUAAAUACCUUAAAGAAAAGCUUAACGAGUAGCUGGAAUACAAUAAUCUUCAGGGGCACAACAUAUUUAUGAGACAUAUGUCUAAUGUCAAAAAUAAUAACAGAGAUCAGAUAUUGUUUUUAUUGUUAUGUGUUUGAAACUUCAUUUUGUAUUCAGUUUUUUGAAUGAUGCUUAAUUGUAUUAGAUAAUCUUAAACAAAGAAAUCAUUUAGCUAGUUAGAUGUUUUAUUGUAAAUUAUUGAAAGGGCAAUCUAUCAUCAAAUAAGGAGAUGGUGCAAAUGCAUUCUUUAUAUUAGGUAAUAUUUUGAUGUGAUAUGUAGAAAAGGGGAAAAUAUAAGUAUUAAUAAAUGGAUUGGCCAAAAAACAAUUGAUAUCAGGUAAUGGAUUAGGUGAACUAGCCUUAUUAUAUGAUGCACCAAGGUAAUUAAUUAAUUUAGUUUUUAGGAGUGCCACAUGUACUGCAUUAGAAGAUUGCUAUCUAUGGGGAAUAGAUAGAGCAACAUUUAGAAGGACAGUUGAAUAAAUUAUGAAAAGUGAAUAUGAGAGAAAUAGAAAAUAUUUGGAAAAUGCAACAUUUUUUAGUAAUUUUAAGAAUUAAUUAGAAGAUCAUUUAACAAAAGAGUAAAAAGAUGCUAUUGGUGGAGUGUUGAUUUCUUAGAAAUUUUAGAUUAAUUAAAUAAUAGUUAAUAAGGGUGAUUAAGCAGAUUCACUUUUUAUAAUAGCUGAGGUAAGGAUUUAUAUACAAAUAAGGGCAAAGUCGGUGUGUAUACAGACGAUGGGCUAUUAAUUAGAAUGUUAUCAAAAGGGGAAUAUUUUGGAGAAAAUGCUUUAUUAUAAGAUAAUUGUGUUAGAGGAUUAACAGUAAAGGCAAUAGAAGAAUCAAGACUUUUGGCUUUGGGGAGAGAAACUUUAACUAAAAUAUUGGGUGAUGGAGUUUAAAUGAUAAUAUAUAAGAAUUAAUGCAAAUGGAUACUACAAUAGUCAAAAAUAAAUUUAAUUAUUUAAAUAGAUAAAUUUUUAGAUUUAUUAACAAUAAGAAAAUUGAAAAAAGGAGACAUUAUUAUUAACAAAGGUUAAUAACAUGGAGAAUUGAUAAUAUUGAUUGAUGGAAAAGUCAGUGAUGUAAUGAUAUGAAUAGAUCAAUAGUCUAAUUAAAAUAUGAUAUGUGAGAAGGGCAAAAUCUUAUUAGAUAAAACAGUGGAGUCAAAUGGAAACCAUGAUUAAGAUUACUUUAUGUUAGAAGAUGGUAUAAUAGCAGCCAUUGAUUAUAAUAUAGUAAAAAAGUAGUUUGGUGAAUAAGUAAAUAUAUUAUAUUUAUAUAUAUAAGUAAUAAAUAUUAGAAGUAUAUACAUAAGAAACUAAUAACAAAGUUAAUAAAGUGAAAGAUUAUUAAUUGGAGGAUCUGAAUUAUUUAAAAACUUUAGGAUGUGGAUAAUUUGGAAUGGUUUAUUUAUGUUAAUUUAAAAAUGAAUCAUCUUUAUUUGCAUUAAAAAUAAUGACAAGAGCUAAUAUAAAGUAAUUUGGAAUAGCAAAACAUGUUGCGAAUGAAAGAAGAGUUUAAUCUAUUUUGGAUCAUCCUUUUAUUAUGCAUUUUUUUAGAUCUUUUAAAGAUGAAAAUAAUAUUUAUUUAUUAAAUGAAUAUAUUCCUGGAAUUGAAUUAUUUGAUGCUAUUAGAGAGAUUGGAUUAUUAAAUAAAAAUGAUUCAUAGUUUUAUAUAUCUUAAAUGAUAUUGUAAACAGAAUAUUUACAUACAGUUCAUUAAGUAAUGUACAGAGAUUAUAAACCAGAAAAUCUUAUUGUUGAUGAUACAGGUUAUCUUAAAUUAAUUGAUUUUGGAACAGCCAAAUUAAAUUAACCAGGAUAGAAAACAUUCACUAUUAUUGGUACUCCACAUUAUAUGGCACCAGAAGUUAUAAGUGGAAAAGGAUAUAAUUAAAUGGUUGAUUUAUGGAGUGUUGGUGUUAUGUUAUAUGAAUUUGUAUGUGGUGGAUUACCUUUUGGAGAAGAUGCAGAAGAUCCUUUUGAGAUUUACAAAGAAAUUACUAAAAAACCUUUGUCUUAUCCUUCCUAUAUGUCUGAUAAAUCUGCAAAAGUUUUCAUUGAAUAAUUACUUAAUCGUAUACCUGAAUUACGUUUAGGAGGAUCAUAUUAAACUUUAAAAUAACAUAUUUGGUUUAAGGAUUUCUAAUGGGAUGUUUUGAUUACCAAGAAACUCAAACCAGUAUAUAAACCAGCUUAGAAUAAAAUAAUUACAAAUGGAUAGGCUUAAACAAUGAAAAGGUUACCAUUAUUUGAAUAGAUGCUUAAAGAUGCAUAAUACUUCAAAAAAUCAUAACCUAAUCCCAAAGAUAGUGAAUGGGAUUAUGAAUUUUGA